AUGUCACUUCAAUCUAGUAGUCUAAAGGAAGAGUAUGUUCCUCUCAAAGAGAUCAAAAGACCCAUUCCUCCAGUCCUUGAUCACCAAAAGAUAGAAGCCAUGGUUUCUACAUUGAAAGGGACUCCUAUGGCAUCAGCAACUUGCGGCAUUGAGGAAAUCACCGCCGGAGAAUUACCACCAAUUGAUGUGUUCAAGAUAAGAGAAGAGGGAAAAAACCACUAUUUUGCAUUCGGAGGAUGCCAUAGAUUCCAAGCAUACGAUAAAAUGGCUGCUGAAGGCAAUGGAGACGUCCAGGUAAAAUGCCGAAUCUUGCCCGCAACGAGAAAGACUCUCAAGCUUUACUUGGGGUCGUCCGUUGACGAGCUUCUCAAGUAA